CCGGAAGUGGGAAGGGUUUGGGCUUUUGCAAUAGAGGACCCCGUUGCCUGAAGAAAGGAUGCGAUUGGGGGAGUUGGGAAUGUCGGUUUUCUAGAAGGCUGAAGGAGUGUGGAUUAUCUGGGGGUGGUCUGUUAUGCACAAAAUUUGAAAUGGCUUCAAGGGGAACAAUUGAGACCAGUAAGUUGAAACAGAACUUGGAAGAGCAACUGGAUAGACUAAUGCAGCAAUUGCAAGAUCUGGAGGAGUGUAGAGAUGAUCUGGAUGCAGAUGAGUAUGAAGAGACCAAGAAAGAAACCCUUGAGCAGCUGAAUGAGUUCAAUGAUUCCCUGAAGAAGAUCAUGUCUGGAAACAUGACAUUGGUAGACGAACUUAGUGGGAUGCAGUUGGCUAUACAAGCAGCCAUCAGCCAGGCUUUUAAAACCCCCGAAGUCAUCAGGAUGUUUGCCAAAAAGCAGCCAGGGCAGCUGCGGACAAGAUUGGCAGAGAUGGACAGAGAUCUGAUUGUUGGAAAGUUGGGACGGGACGUCUAUACUCAGCAAAAAGUGGAAAUUCUCACUGCUCUCAGGAAGCUUGGGGAGAAGCUGACAUCUGAUGAUGAGACUUUUCUUUCAACAAAUGCAGGAGCUGCUCUCAGCCAGUUUGUGAGAGUUUCCAGUGACCUUGGAUCAGGCGAUAAGGUCUUCGCGCUGGCAAGUUUUGAGGUAGAGAAAUCAAAGCAGUGAAAGCAGGCUACGUUCAGCUGCAUUGGAUCUUGGGUUUUUGUUUUUUUACCAUGUUGUAUUUGUGUGUUUCUUACAAACUUUUUUGUAACGCUCUUUAUCUUAACGGCAAGCUAACCUACAAUGUAGACCGUUUUUGAAGUGCCCUUUUGCAAGCUGGGCUGCACAAGUUCAGAGGCGAAAAACACGAAGUGGUACUUUUUAAAAUCAAGGAAAUGAAACCAAGUAACUUAAUUGUGUAACCUUCUGAAUGUAUGCAUUGUGUAUGUAUUUUCCCCACUUUAAAAUGUGCAUUUCUCUAGUAAAAUGUUUUCUCUAUUGUUUUUGUUACAUGUGAUGGCAGAAAGCAUCUCUCUUCAGCAGCUCUUGGUACUUGAUGGCUGUGUGAGUUCAGUUGAUUUGCUGGAAUCGUGUUUUUUUUUAAGUGGGGUGGUGGAGAGAAUGUAGCUCUAGUGUGGAAUGCGACACAGUUUUGCUUGUCUCAAAACAAGCCGAGCGCCCUCCUGCCCUCCCAGUUUCUCUUGGGAGAUGAAUGGGCAGCAUUGUGUCCUCCAUGCCUUGAUUGGCAAACAAUAGCAGCCCUGUUGGGAGCUUUCUGGGCCAAUUUAACAUUGUGGACCAGAAUGACAAGGAACACAGUCAAUAAGCCCUGUUUCUGGCCUCCUACUGUAGCCAGGCGUGUUAUUGGCUACAAUCUGCCAUUCUUCCCUCGUGUUUUGGGAGGCAGGCACGAAACUGCUUCCUUCCAAGUAGAAACAAACAGAAGAAUCCUACUUUUUUUAGAUGCUGCCUGUUCUGUUGCCGAAUGAAGGUGGCGCUUGCUGUCUGUUGACCUUGUUAGCCCUGCCCUGUCAUCUUCCAGGCCUGACUUAAGAUGCGGGUUGAUUUUGACUUACAGGCUUGAGCUUAAAAGUUCCCUUGUCCCUUUGGGCUCCUUCUCAACAAUUUUCAUUUAGGAGUAUAGGAAGUUGCCUUUUUCCAAGUCUAUCAAGCUCAGUGUUUUUUAUACUGACCAGCAGCUGUGCGCCAGGAUUUCAGAGGGGUCAUUCCCAGCCCAACCUGAAGAUGCUGGCAAUUAAACCUGUGCUCUUAGGUGCUCCACUAUUGAGUGACAGACUUUUUCGUUCCUUUUCCAUUCUUCCCUCUCUGUAUAUCUCCCCCACCACCCAUUUUAUCCUUGCAACAAUGACCCUGUGAGGUAGGUCAGGCUCAGAAAGAGUAAUUAGCCAGCCCAAAUAUGGUCUUGAAUCUGGGUCUCCUUAGCCCUAGACAGCAAGGCCACACUAGGUUUCUCACUGGGUGGUGGGUAGUUUGCCAAGUUUUUGUCUGUGGAGGGCAUCCUCUUGGUCUGGUUGCAAUAUUUGUAGCUUUUCCCUAAAUAAUUGCCUCUUGGCAUGUGCAGAGUGUCUUUAGUGAUGCUUCUAACCAGGUCCUACUCAAAUUAGCAGACAUGGUUAAAUUGUUAAUUUUUAUGGGUCUACUCGGAGUAGGACUUGGUUAGCUACAACUUAGUAACUAUCCAACUGGGUUGUUGUUUUUUUGUGGGGGUGGGGGCGUGGUGUUGGAGAGCAUAUCUUUCUGCCCUACUAUCUCCUCUACACUUGUUUCACCCCUUUUUUGCAUUUUAAAGCCAUCCACAUUCUUUUUCUCUGUCAUUUCCGUUCAUUUCUAACCUUAGUUUGUUGCAGGACUCACCUCUUCAGUCUUAACAGUUGAAUUUACAUGCAGAAUGCCGUUUUCCUAAUCACUACAGAUCUUGUUCACUUAGAACCCCAGAAAGUGAGUGGAUUUGAAAAACUGUAUUGAUUUAAUCCUGAAUAUGAAACUUCUUCCUUGUUUCUAUCUCUUCUGCUUGUUACAGAUCAUAUAUGUAAGCUUUCCUGGGGCCUGAUUUUAAUUUCUUUUUAAAAGAAAGUACUGAAUAUCACCCCUGCCAAUCAAUUCUCUUGCCCUUGCCACAGCUCCCAGAUGAACUCAUUGUAUAGUAACUUGAGAAACUGCUGCUCUCUCUCCCUCUCCCCUCCCCAGUUUAAAAAAGGAACAAGCACAAUGCCUAUAUUCUAUUUUCCUGGCUAGCAGGCAUGCGUAGGUUGCCAAAAGGGUGCUGGCUGUAGCAUACUGCAAUGCUGCCAAAACAUGACUCUCUCCCUUAUUCAGCAGUUUUUGGGAGUGCAUGAACAUGAGGCUGGGAGGAACAGCUGGCUUAUUAGUGAACAAUGGCCACAGUAAAUCAGCCAUAAAACAGGCAACUACCUUCCAUGUUUUAUCGAUCAAUUAUGCCGGCACAUUUCCAAAUAGGAUUAUGAGUUAUGAAACAGGGGCAAGUAGAAAAUGUCCCUCUGCAGUCUCUUUCCCACCACCACAACAGUGCUUCUACAAUACCAAGGCUGUUAAACCACCAGAAUUAAGAGGUAAAUCGUUUGCUGAACUCCACUGAUUCACAUUGCAGGAGCUAGUGGGAUGUGUGUGUUUAAAUGUCCCUCUUAUACCUGUUCCCAAUGCACGCUCUUCCCUUUCUUUCUCUUUCAGCUGCAGAGGAAUUGUUUGUCAGAGAGAAGGCUAGGCUGUAAGCCCCCCACCUCCCACCCUAGGAAAUGACAGCUUUCUGUGUGCAGGGAUUCAGGAUUGUGAAGUCAAACAUCCAAUUUCCACCUGUAGCCUAAAGUGGGUUCAGUCUAGAAAAAGCUUGAUCUGCAGUGAGCAAAAUUAAGUUGUGAAUCUCCCCGUAGGUUGGUGCUCCUCAAUUUUCACUGUCUUCAACUCAAGACCAUACUGUCCAAUGUUAGACACACAGAAGAUUGAGGUCAGGUUUACUUUUGGAUCUGGGACUGAAAGCUCUAGUUUAUUGGAGUUAGGGUUGCCAUAUUUCAAAAAGUUAAAACCAGGACACCGGAAAAUUGAUGAUUUUUUUUUUUUAGGAAACCACUGAAAUUGUUGAGCUUUUCUUUACAAAAACACCAAAAAACCCACGAUUUUUGGAUUGACUUGCCUAACAUACAGGACAAAGCGCUGCCAUUUGGAAAUCCCCCCCCCCCAGAUGUCAAUUCUGCCUUUGAAAUCCCAGUAAUGUCCUGGAAAAUCAGGAUGUAUGGCAGCCCUAAUUGGAGCUGUUGAAAACUUCCUUUAGUCAUAGAUUUGACAGAUAAAAAACAAAAGUCACAUAUGAGGUUUUACAGUGGAGAACAUGUUAGGGUUUCCAGUGGCGGAGGAAGCCGCUUUGUCACCCGGGGUGGCAAAUUGCCGUGCCCAGGGGGCGGGGCGUUGCUACGUAAUGACGCAUGCGUUGCUACGUAAUGAAGCUGCGCAUGCGUACAACGUAGAGGGGGAUCGUGCCCCCCGCGAGUUCAAAGCGGAGCCUAAACGGAGCGUCCAGGCUCCAGGUAGAUAGCAUCCCGCUGCACAUGCGUGAUACGUAGAGAGGAC